AUGGUUCCUCCUGCCAAUGUACAUGUUGAGGUAGGUGCAGAGAUGGUCGAUAUUCUCGACGCAGUCAUCACACACCCUGUAGUGACUCGAGCGUGGUGGACGGUAGGUUCCACGCGUCUCGCACCACUUGACUUGGACCGUUUGGCCUCACUUUCUCAACACGCGCUGCACGGGGAUGGCCAGUGCAUCUUCCGGAUCCACGAGAGAGUGACGACCCGUUUCGAAUGGCGUGUCGGCCAGCACGCAGGGCGAGUCCGGAUCCAGAUUGCGGCGCAGGAUGCCCGGAUCGCGGAAGGCGGUGACGAGCAUGUUGACGAUGGCUUGCAGGUAGACGUGGGAGAAAGUGGCGACGAUGGUACUUGA